AUGGCUGUGAAGGACGACAGUUUGAAGAAUGAAGUUCUGAACACCUAUGUUGUAGGUGCCAGCAUUGAAAACAAGACAAUUGAAGAUCUCGAGGAACCAGUCAGCAUAGUUCUGCACCACAGAAGCCCACAUGGGGACAAUGCUACGGUGCACUGCGUCUUUUGGGACUUCAAUAAGAAUGAUGGCCUGGGUGGCUGGAACCCCUCAGGGUGUGAAAUAAAACAUACAAAUAGGAGCUACACAACCUGCAGUUGUACUCAUCUGACCCAUUUUGGAGUCCUGCUGGACUUAUCUCGAACACCCCUCAGUGAUGCUGACGAGUGGGCUUUAACACUGCUGACCUAUGUGGGGUGUGGCAUUUCCUCCAUUUUCCUGGGCUUGGCGUUGUUGAUUUAUUUCUCGACUGACAAAGUCCGGGAGGACUACCCUUCCAAAAUCCUCGUCAACCUCUGCUUCGCUUUGUUGAUGCUCAACCUCACCUUCUUGGUGAACUCUUGGCUAGCCAUGUUUCAGAAUCGUGGGCUUUGCAUCGCGGUGGCUGCCACCUUGCAUUACUUCCUGCUCUCUGCCUUCACCUGGAUGGGUCUGGAAGCCGUCAACAUGUAUUUCGCCCUGGUGAAAGUUUUCAAAGUCUACAUUCCCUAUUACAUGCUCAAGUUUUCCAUAGCUGGCUGGGGAAUCCCAGCGCUUAUUGUAAUUGUGGUCCUCAGCGUCAACAGAGACUCCUAUGGGACUGAAUUUACUCAGAGCAGAAGCACCAGCAGCCCAUCCAUGCAGUUUUGCUGGAUUCAGGACAAAUGGGUUUUCUACAUCUCUCUAGUUGGCUAUUUCAUCCUGAUAUUCCUGAUCAACAUUAGCAUGUUUAUUACCGUCCUUUGUCAAAUCCGUGCCAUGAAAACUAACCAUCCCAGGGUCGGGAAGCACCGGAGCCAAGAAUUCCUCCUUGACCUGAAGAGAGUCAUCAGCUUGACAUUCCUGCUGGGAUUGACGUGGGGUUUCGCCUUCUUUGCAUGGGACCCCAUGAAGACGGUCUUCAUGUACAUCUUUGCCAUUUGCAACACCUUGCAAGGGUUCUUCAUCUUCAUCUUUUAUUGCCUCAUGAAGGAUAACGUCAGGAAGCAAUGCCAGAUACACUUCUGUUGUAGGAGAUUUCAGCUCAGCAAUUUCGAGAGGAUCAGCUCAGCCACUGUGCUGGGAAACUACCCUUGCGUCAUUGAGCGGAAACACUCAUGUCAUUCUUUGAAGUCCCUCAAGUCGUGCACCACUGAAUCCCUAGUCAAUGGCUCGGACAGUUCACUUGAAGCAAGUCCAGACAUUGAUCACGUUGCUUGCUGCAGCAAAAGCCACAUGGCCUCAGCUUCUCAGGGAGCCAAACUUCCCCGGGCGAGGAGAAUAUCACCAGGAGAUGCUGACCUGCACCACGCAGAGGAAAAUAAAGAUUUGUCUUAA